GCGCGGGCAGACAUUGGUUGGUACGGCUUUCCACUGUGACCAAUGGGGAAACGCGCUUUUUACAAACCGCUGAUAGCCCAGGAAGUUGUCAGCCCACUGAGAUGUGAAAGGACGUAACAAGGGAUCUUUAAACCAACACCAAACGCCUCGAAAACCAAAACAUUUGGGAAUACGUUGAAUCAGAAAUACUUUCCUGGAAGCACAGAACGAAUCGCUCUUCACACCUCGGUGUCAUCAUGGACUCCUCACCAGUCCUUCGUCAGCAAAGUCAGAACACAAUGCAUCGUGACAUCAUGAGGACAAAGAAUGAACAAAACAAAAUGCCGGGGAACACCAAGCUUUCCAAACUACUCUCCACACCUCACCUUUCCAAGCAGAAUAUGGAGAACCAGGUUCCAGGACUCUCUGAUAGCGGUGGGACGGUACCUGUGCGACCGGGUGUCAGUAGGCUUCCAGUGCUCGCCAGGUCCCUUCGGCUACAGACGCCGUCCAACUUCAGUCAAUCUCACUCUCGGUGGGAGGCGAAACCUCUGGCUGGAAAAACCAAGAAGAAAAAGCCAUGCACCAGGCCUGUUCCUUUCAACCUGUCUCAGCCCAAAAUAUCAAAAGUUGCCACUGAAAAUCAUCAAACCCUCCCUCUUUCUAAACCUGAUAAAAAUGUAUGCAAUACUUGUCCCCCUAAAUCCCCCAAACCCCGGCCAGCCUUGUUAAACCGUGGUGGGGACUCAUCUAAAGGUACAGGAACAUCUCAUGGAAAGGCUGAAGAAAAUACAUACAGACAGAUGUCAGAACAACCGCGGCCUUCCAACACGUUGAAGGCUUCAGCCAUUUCAUCGAAUGCUUUAUUGUUUAUUCCCAAUAACAAUGUGCAUCAGACCAGCGCCGCCUCUUCUGCACUGCCUGCUUUUAGUGCAGAGGCCUGUUUCAAUAACAUGAGCCUGCUUAGUCUCAAAGAUCCAGUCAGGACACUCCAUGCUAGCCGGAGCGUGCAGCUGACCACCGAGGACGACAAAGGGGAAAACUUUCAGUGUGAUCAUGCGGCUUUGCUCAGUGUCCUCCGGAACGAAGGAGUAAGAGCCACAGAUGUGGGAUCUGCAACUCCACAGUCCAGUGCCUACAACUACUUGCCCCAGCGAGUGUCCGUCAUGAAGAGUCGAAAAAAGGCUGGAACUACUAUGGAAUUAAUACAGUCGAUGCAGUUCUCCCCAGACCCUGCUGCACUGCAAAGCAUCCUGCAGAACGAGGGAGUGAAGGGUGGAGGACCUCUUGGUGCCACGCCCCGAAACUCCACCUGCCCAUCGGGCAGAGAAACUUCAAUCUACACCGCCCAGAGAGUGCCGCUCAGAAAGCAUCGCGCAGAGGCGACCGGAGGGGCAGUAGCAAUAGCGGUCAAAGAGACUCCACAGAAGACAUGGACUCCACGCAGGGUCCGCGACACCCGGCACCAGCCCAUGUCUGCUGUGAGGUGGCAUCCGUCGACACAGCCGUCGCCGUACGGGCUGCGGAGUGGCAAAGCCAACCCCCAGCCGCGCCAGGAGCAGGAGAUUGUCCAGAGGUUAUUUGAUGAUCAAGAAGAUGAGCAGAGCCCAAAUGUGACAGAAAAAGAUCCAGAGGUACAAGCAGAGCCGAUCCUGACGAGAUCCCACUGUGCAGAAAAGCCAGAGGUGUGCGGGGUCACUAGCAUUGGGGUCAAGGAGGGUCAGCAGAGGAUUGUGGGAGGACAGCCGUUCUUUCAGGCACCGCAUAGAGAGUCUGUCAUUUUCUUCUCAACGGGCAAAACUCUAUCAAGAGCUCCAAUAUUUGAGAAGCAGGAAAGCUCAGCCCGUCACAGGCAGCAUGGCCCCGUGCUGCCAGCACACAAAGAGGUUCCUUCGGAGCCCGUGCCGACCUGCGGGGUUGACCUUCCUGUUCCGAGGCUGCACAGCGACCUCGUUGUUCAGAGGAUUUGUGCUCCGUGUCCUGCCGUGGCGAUGCUGCGUAAGCGCUUUCCUCCCCUGGAGGAGCUUCGUUUGGACGAGGAGGUGGCCUCGUACACCUCGCUGUCCGUCUCAGCUGCUCCCGGUUUUCUCCCCCCCCGGCCUCGCUGUGGAAACCCCCUGGCUUCCAUUUUGCACUCCGAAGAGGCCUUUACCUUUGUUCCGAUUGCUUUCGACCCCUCGGCCGACGGUUUUCCUCCACGAAGCUCUCCUCUGCAGGAAAAAUGACUUUUUUUAGAAAAUGUAUAUUUCUGUUAACUUAUGCAUCUUUAAUACUGCAGGCUCUCAUUUAAACAAAGUUUAAUGUUUAUGAAAUGUAUAAAGAAAGGAAGAGAGAACCUUAUUGGAAGAAUAAAUGUUUUUCUCUGUGGACCUAAAGUAGUAUUAAUAAUAUCACUAUAGUAUACUUAUAGAUGUGCAUGACUCAAAGCAUCACACCAGAAUCUUCUUGUGUGGAUUAGAAAUGAUUAAUGUUCCCAAUGUACAAUGUUUAUAAUAAAUCUAUAUUUGGC